AUGAAAAACAUUGUGGAUACGAGAAGGUUCCAAGAAGGUGUAGCUUGUAUACGACUAUGCCAACUCGGGAGAGGAUUUGGAAAGGUGCAUAGAAGCGAGGAGCAAGUUUGGGAUGUUGAGGAUUAUGCAUUGUGGCUUGUCAAUAAGGCUGCAAGCGGAGAUAAACCUAGUUCCCUGGUUGAAAUUCCCUUUCAGUGCGUUGUUUAUCUGCAAUGUACUUCAUACGAUCUUGUGCCACUUGCAAAUUCUGACGGAGUUGAUGGAGGAUGGCAUCAUGCUCUCAAAGAGUGGUGUCCACGGCAUCCACUGCGAUAG